UUUGUAUUAUAACAAAAGGACCGAAUUUCAUUCCUAGUGCCAUUCUCCUCCAAACGUAGCCAGCUGAAAAGAACAAUUCUUUGAAACAGAAGAGACUAACUUUUUUUUUAAUUCUAAUUUCUUGAUGGGGAGCAGCAAUAGAAAUGGAGAUAUCACUGACGCAUUGUUACCUGCAGAAGGUGAAGUUAUUAUUAAAAAUGAUGAUGAAGAAGAAAAUAACGAUCUUACGAGAAGAGUCUGGGUUGAGACCAAGAAAAUAUGGCAAAUCGUUGGACCCGCCAUUUUUGGCAGGAUAUCUUCUUACUCCAUGAACAUUGUCACUCAAGGCUUUGCUGGCCACCUUGGAGAAGUUCAACUCGCUUCUAUUUCCAUAGCCAACACUGUCAUAGUUGGCUUCAAUUUUGGUCUCUUGCUAGGAAUGGCGAGCGCAUUAGAAACAUUAUGUGGACAAGCAUUUGGAGCCAAAAGAUAUCAUAUGUUGGGAAUUUACAUGCAAAGAUCAUGGAUUGUGCUAUUCUUGUGCUCUUUCUUGCUGUUGCCAGUUUACGUGUGUGCUUCUCCAAUCUUGAAGUUGUUAGGACAGCCGGAAGAUGUAGCAGAGGGCUCAGGGAUAGUAGCUAUAUGGCUAUUGCCACUGCAUUUCAGCUUUGCAUUCUUGUUCCCAUUGCAGAGGUUCUUGCAAAGCCAGCUAAAGAAUCAGAUCAUAGCUUGGGUUGCUUUGGUUGCCUUAGGAAUCAGUGUGUUUACAAGUUGGCUCUUUAUAUAUACUUUGGAUUUUGGUGUCGUUGGCGCUGCUAUUGCUUUGGAUGUUUCCUGGUGGUUUAUGGUAUUCUCCUUGUUUGUGUAUGUUCGAUUUGGGUGUCCUUUGACUUGGACUGGUUUCUCAAUGCAAGCCUUUUCUGGUUUAUGGGAAUUUCUUCAGCUUUCUGUUGCUUCAGGUGUCAUGCUUUGCUUGGAGAAUUGGUAUUAUAGAAUACUAGUGUUGAUGACCGGAUACAUGAAAAACGCAACAGUUGCUAUAGAUGCCUUGUCAGUCUGCAUGUCUAUUAGUGGAUGGGAGAUCAUGAUUCCCUUAGCCUUCUUUGCAGCCACAGGGGUGAGGGUUGCAAAUGAGUUAGGAGCUGGGAAUGACAAAGCAGCAAAAUUUGCUACAAAAGUGUCUGUGGUGCAAUCAACUAUAAUUGGACUAAUACUCUGCAUAAUUAUCGUGCUAAUACGCGACAAAAUUGCAUUAAUUUUCACAUCCAGUAGUGAUGUUCUUCAAGAGGUAGAUAAGCUCUCUGUCUUACUAGGAAUUACGAUUCUCCUCAACAGUGUUCAACCAGUUCUGUCAGGAGUGGCAGUAGGAUCAGGACGGCAAGCAUAUGUUGCAUAUAUCAAUCUGGGGUGCUACUAUAUUAUUGGGCUACCGCUUGGGAUUCUGAUGGAGCGGGUCUUCAAGCUGGGUGUCAAGGGCAUCUGGGGUGGGAUGAUAUUUGGUGGAACUCUUGUUCAAACAGUGAUAUUAGCCAUCGUAACAAUAAAAUCAGACUGGAAAAAAGAGGCUGAAAAUGCCGGUGCUCGUGUUGCUAAAUGGUCAAGCAUACACCCAGAUGAUCAGUCAGCGAAUAAGCAUUGACAACCAUAUUAUCAAGGAAUUUUGUAAAGAGUCAUACAGUAAGCCACUUUUCACUAUACACCUGUAGCAUUCUACCCUUAUUUAUAAAAGACAAAAUAAGAUUCUGCAUUACCGAAGUGGCUAAUUAAAUUAAGGUCUCGUGUUUUAGCUCA